AUGGAAAUCUGGUUUCUCAUCAUCGUCUCCGUCUCCAUUUCUUACCUCCUAAAGUCCAUCUUCAACCUCUUGUUCCCCACUCGCAACCUCCCUCCUGGCCCUCUUGCCUUCCCUAUCAUUGGCAACUUCCUAUUGCUUCGCAGGUCCUCCUUUGAUCUUGAACCCAUCCUCCGCUCCCUCCGCGCCAAGUUCGGCCCAAUCAUCACACUCUAUAUGGGUUCUCGUCCUGCUAUCUUCAUCGCCGACCGCUCUCUUGCUCACCAGGCGUUAGUUCAAAAUGGUGCCCUCUUCGCAGACCGUCCACAACCUUUUCCCAUCAUUAAAGUGAUCAGCAGCAAUCAGCAUAACAUCUCUUCUGCUUUCUAUGGUCCUACUUGGCGGCUUCUCCGGAGGAAUCUCAACAAAGAAAUCCUCCACCCUUCGCGUGUGAAAUCUUAUGCUCAUGCGCGCAAGUGGGUGCUUCAAAUUCUUCGGAAUCGCAUCGAAUCCCAAGCAAAAUCUGGUCAUCCUUUGUCCGUCUUGGACCAUUUUCAAUUUUCCAUGUUUGCCUUGUUAGUUCUUAUGUGUUUCGGUGACAGGUUCGAUGAAAACCAGAUCAAACAGAUUGCGGGAGUUCAGCGGGACAUACUUCUAUGCUAUCAUAAGUUCAAUAUCCUCAAUUUCUGGCCAACAUUGACCAAGAUUUUUAUGCGUAGGCGUUGGGAAGAGUUCUUUCAGAUUCGCCAAAGACAAAAAGAUGUACUGAUUCCAUUGAUAAGAGCCAGAAAGAAGUUGAAGGAAGAGAAAAUAAACAAAGCUAAAGAGGGCAAAAAAGAGCACCAGGACGAGUACGUUUUAUCCUACGCUGAUACUUUGCUGGAUUUGGUUCUUCCUGAUGAAAAAAGAAAGCUUGAUGAAGACGAAUUGGUUAGUUUGUGCUCUGAGUUUCUUAACGCUGGCACUGAUACUACUUCAACAGUACUACAAUGGAUCAUGGCAAAUUUAGUCAAGUACCCACAAAUUCAAGAGAAGGUAUUCAUGGAGAUUAAAGAGGUUAUGAGAGAUGGAGAAGAAGAGGUAGAAGAAGAGGAUUUGCAGAAGAUGCCAUAUCUGAAAGCUGUCAUUUUGGAGGGCUUAAGGAGGCACCCUCCAGGUCACUUUGUGUUAACACAUGCAGUGACAGAAGAUACAGUGUUAGACAAAUAUGUGAUACCAAAGAAUGGGAUUAUAAAUUUCAUGAUAGCUGAAAUGGCUUGGGAUCCAAAAGUGUGGGAGGAUCCAAUGUCUUUCGAGCCUGAAAGGUUUCUGAACAGUGGAGGAGAAGCAUUUGACAUAACAGGAAGUAGAGAGAUCAAGAUGAUGCCUUUUGGGGUUGGAAGGAGAAUUUGUCCUGCUUAUGUUUUAGCUAUGCUUCAUUUGGAGUAUUUUGUAGCUAAUUUGGUUUGGAAUUUUGAGUGGAAGGCCAUGGAGGGAGACGAUGUUGAUCUAUCAGAGAAGCUAGAAUUUACAGUGGUGAUGAAAAAUCCAUUGCAGGCCCAGAUAUUUCCAAGGCUGAAAUAAAUGAUCUGGUCAUUUUAUUUUCUUUAUAGUAUAUGGUAUGAAUCAACUUACAUGAAUGUAAAAUAAUUGCUUCCAGCACUUAAAAACAGCCUGAAAUGAUAGUGUUAAUUCAAUAUAAAAAACCCACUUAAGAGUUUCUGAAUUUCUCACAUUGC